UCAAGUGUGAUCAUCCAGAAACUGUUAAACACAUCCUAAUUCAAUGUAGAGUUUAUGAUAAAGAUUGAGAUUCAUUGAGAAAUGGAUUUAAAGGAUAGAGCACAAAUCUCAAUGAAAAGAUUGCUUAAAAAGAUGGAAUAACUGUUCAUAUGGUAUUAGCAUAUUUUAAUGAAUACAAGUAAUGAAUAGGAUUUCGUAUUUUUUUGUGUUUUUUUUUUUUUCCCCUCCCCUUCUUUAUUAUUUAGUAUAAGUUCGCUACUCCACACUCCAACCCAGUUGGUGGCGGGAAUGCAACAUAGGUUGGUUUGCCAACCGCAAUAAAACGACAAAGAAGAAGAAAAAGAGGCGGAAAACCGCCAUUUAAGAAGAAGAAGAAGAAAGAAGAAUUUGCGCUCUCAGUCGGUAAAUGUUCAGCGUGUUCAACAUAAUUUAUCUGUUUCGUGUUUAUGUUCAGAUUUUCAUCAUGAGAGAGCUAAAAGAGGUGAUGAAGACCAAACCGAUGGAGAGAGACAGUUUACAGGUUAAACAUUCAUUUCCUGACAGUAAUCAGGGUGAUCAAACCUCCACAGAGUCUCUGGCUUCUGUCUGUAACGCUGGAGAACAGCAGAUGCUGCAGACACCAGUGAAGAUUGAAGUGAAACCGGAGGAGAUAAAAGAAGAAAACACAGCAGAAGAACCGCAAACAUUAGUGAAGAUUGAAGUGAAGCAGGAGGAGAUAAAAGAAAACACAGCAGAGGAACAACAGAGAACUGAUGAAGAUGAUAAACCGCAGAUGUUGCAGACAUCAGUGAAGUUGGUCGACUGCAGAAACCUGAUAAAGAGGAGAGGAGAAACCACAGCAGUGGAGCAAGAGAGUGAUGAAGAUGAUGUCAUUCAUUCGGGUGAGGGAGCUCUUCAGAUGGACCUGGAUAGUGACGAAGAGUUCACAUUAUCCUCCGAAGACGAGCAGGACUCCGAAGACGAACGUUUGCAUUUUGAAGAGCGACUUGAGCCAGCCGAGGAUGCAAUUUUGGACGACUAUAAUAAUGAUAGUGAUCAGUCACCUGUUGCAAAGAGGGCCAAGAGAAUCAUUCAGGCGAGCAACAGGCAAUCCACUCUGUCAUGGAAAAAGAGAAUGAUAUUGACAUGGUUCCACAGACUCUGAGAUUCCUGCC